UCUAGCCGCCCGGCGGACGGAGUCAGUUUUCGUGCACACGAAAUGAAAUUCUCGAACCUUCCCCCUCCGUACUGUAACCAGCCGAGCUGCCUCCUCACCGGGCAGCACAUCGACCUCCAAACCCACCUCCGCCCUCACGCAUUCCAAGAACUCAGCUUUGUUCACGGCUUCGCGCACGGCAGCGGUCGCGACGCAGCGGACAUGGGGUUUGCUGGUUUUGUAGGAUUUCAGGAUUUUCUGAAACUUUUUGAGGGAUUCGAGAGCAAGGAGGUGGGAGUGGUGCGAGAGGGCAAAAGGGGUUGGUGUUGAUGACGAUGAGAUGGUGUCGCGGCCGAGAACCACCGGCUCUUUGAAUUGGUCGAUGGUGAAGAAUUUGGGUAUGCUCGGACUAUGAGCAGCUUGAAGGAGUUGGUGCCCAUGUCAAUGGCUGCCAAGAGGGUUGAAAGGGUCUCUGCGUCCGGCGUAGGGGAGGCCAUUGCUGUUGGUAGCAAUUGGUAUCUGGGUUUUCAAUUUGGUGGGAAAAUUUGUACAGGAGCAUUAACAAAGUGGAUUAAAAAGUGGUUAGUCAAAAUUGAUGCCUUGCUUGCAUCAGAACUCAGAACAGUACAUAAAAAAGUCUCCCUGGGUCCGGGGACGACUUGGGGAAAGGUAAGUCUCCGGCUCCAGUUCCACAUACAUUCCCUUCCACAUACAUUCCCAGAACUUUCCCGGAAAACCAGAUUCCCGGAAAGUUUCGCAGAACCUGCAUCAUGCAAACUCCACCAACCACCAAAUCAAUCAAGUGAACUACCUUUCAAGCCUCAACAGUCUCACUCAAAGACUCAGGUUUUUUAAUCUUUUGCUUCUCUUUUCUGCUUUCUGCUCGCAAUAAAAAUCAACCCUUUACAUGUGGACAGAUAAAGAUUGUGACAUACUGAAGUUAGUGGAAGCUGCAUGCGGAUAAUUAUGAUUUCAAGUUGUUAGAUAUGGUUUCGAUAAGUCGUUAAUAACAUUGACCAAAUAUUUGAAUAACGUGACGUGUUGACAUGAUAACAUUGACAAAUAUUUGAAUAACAUGACGUGUUGACAUGUUAUCGAUGUAUCAUCGUAAUUUUAAUUAGCUGGUUUUGCAUCGAAGUUGACAUGAAAUUUCAGGUCAAAUUCCGGGAAAUGGGGUUCUGCUUAAAGUGCCACAUCUUGCUUCCAUCACUAUUAAGAAUGAUAAACAACGCGUACUUAUGGAAAAUUUGUAAUUUUCUGCAACUUCUAGCAACCUUCAUAUCAUCGAAUAGUACUCUAAACACGCUUUGUUCUUUGUUUUGUCUCUAUUCACGUGGAAUCGCUCUCUCACCCUCUCGAUAAAUUUUUCAAUGUAACCAGAAUAGGAUCUAGAACAUCAUAUGUCAUAAUACAAGUGGAGGUGUGAGAAUGUGAGGACAAAGUCCCAUGUCGGUGAGGGACCAGACCAUUCAAGAGUUUAUAAGAAAUUGGGUUACUCCCCAUGUUGCAAAUUAUUUUUAUGUUAAAACCUCAAUUUUCUUCGUAAUAUCAAAGUAGGUUGAGCCACGUGUGAAGUUCAAUGGCUACACGUACACGUGCUCCACAUCCCUGUUUCCCCCAACUUUCUUUAGGAGGGACACUUAAAAAUGAAAACAAAUUUUCUCUGAGGUGUACCGGGUCGUGUUUCGCGAACACGGAAAAAUCUCUCCUCUCACUAAAUCCGGUCACACACAAACUUUCUCUCACUAAACUUUCUCCUUCCUGGAUCUCUUGGAAUAUACUGCGAUUUUUUUAGUACUUUUCAAUCAGGACGCGUUUGAUUAGUCAUCUAUCUGAAAUUCCAAUGCUUGAGAAUCCUGAAAAUAUUUGUUCUUUUCUC